GACUGCCACUUGCCUUAAAUGGGACUAUCUCCUUGCUAAAAUCCCAUUUAUUUGUGGUAUAAAAGUCCGUCUAAAAAUGUUUCAUAGUAUUACAGGUGACAUCGUCUAUCUUGAUAUAUUGGCACAGCUUUUGGCAAUUCAAAGAAAGGUAUUCAUAUUUAGUUAGCGUUGUUUGUGUACCCUUUGCCAAGUUGAUUUGUUACGCAACGAGCCGGAAGAUGUCGCUGUAAACAUCAGCUGUUCCAGUGAGCCUCAACGACAGCUAGCUGCUAUCGAUCAAGUAACUUAGCUUAGAUAGCCAACAAACUGUUGCGGUAGUUGGAUAUAUAUGUGGCAGCGGUGUAACAGGGUGUUUAACAACACGUGGAAGAUCGAGUGAACAUGCGGGCAUGUGACUGCAUUUAGGAAAACCCGAAGAUGGACAAGUCUUCUGACCAUAAACACCAGAGGAGACCUGCUGAGCCACACACAGCCACACCACCACCUCUGAUGUUACCAAACCCACACGUGUGUGAUCACAGUUUAAGAGGGAACACAAGGAGUUCAGGUCUGAGCCAAAAGCAGAACACAUCAAAUACAAAUGGAGGUCCAGCAGGAAAAGGGGGAGAUGUGUCCAGGAGUCAUGGGUACAGUAGCAGCCGUCACGUUAGAGAGACCAGUGAUGAUUUCCUGCAGAGGGACAGGUCCACACGGGGUCCUCAAGCUAAGACAUCAAAAGGCAACAUUGGCUCUCCUGCUCAAGGCAAAGUUAUGGGCAAGAACUCACUGGAUGUUCAGAAAAAAGGUUUUAGAGGUGCCACAUCUCUCCCGAACUCUGCAGGGAUGUCGAAACCAGCACAGGCAGUCUCGGCCCCAUUUGAAGUGAAGAUGACUGAUUUCCCAGAGUUAGCUGGUGGUUCGCUGGGAAAAGCAGUCGCUCUUAUUCAGAAAGAGUGCUGGGGUCCAACUCCUCAAUCCUCGAGCCCUCAAAUGCAAACAUCGGCAUCUUCCUGGAAGUCUGUUCGGAGAGGAUCCUCAACACAAACUGAUCACCAACAAAUUGCCAGUAAUGCUGAGCCAGAUUAUUCUGCUGCGUCGCCAGGUCAGCCGGUGGUGACUUCCUGGGCUAAUGUUGCCUCUCAGCCUCCAAAGAAACCUGUCCCUAAAGAGAAGACAAUCAGCAGCAAUCAGCAGACGGAGGAAAUGGCUGCAGAGCAGGAGGAGGGAGCACCAGGGAAAAGAAAACGGAAGAAAAAGAAGAAGAAGCCUAAAGGUGCUGGUGAAGAUGCAGAAGAUGAGUCGGAAAAGCCAGCAAUGUAUCAGGAGCUUCCAAAAUUUGAGGACGAAGAGGAGUUUCCAGGCUUGACUCCUGCUCUGACUGUAACUGAUAGAUUGAUAACGAGCAGCUAUGCCGCAAAACUAUGCAAUGAGGAAAACCAAAGAGAAGGUGUUCAGCAUCAGUCUGCCGACCACACCAAGGAAAAAUCCCCUGCAGCAAAAACUCAGCCCACAGAGACGGCGAAGAAAGGACAGAAAGCUGAAAAGGUGUCUGGGAAGAAAAGCAAAGUUCCUGUUCAGCUGGACAUCGGAAACAUGUUGGUCGCCCUGGAAAAGAAGCAGUCUCAAAAAGCAAAACAGGACGCCAAACCAGUCAUUCUCUCAGUUGGUGGCGGACUACCUGCUGUCCAGAAGCAGCCAUUAGUCCAGAAGAAGCUGCCCUGGCAGCAGGAUAAAAUUGCACACAAUCCUCUGGACUCCACCAGCCCUUUGGUGAAGAAAGGCAAGCAGAGAGAGGUGCCCAAAGCCAAGAAACCCACCCCUCUCAAAAAGGUCAUUUUGAAAGAAAGGGAGGAGAGGAAACAAAAACGUUUGCUGGAAGAGAGAGGACUGCUGCCUGAAAAUGAGUUCAAACCUGCUAUUGAUGCUGAAGAAGAAGAAGAAGAAGAGCAGUGUGAAACAAAUGCCACAGCCUCAGAUGAGGUUGGAAGUCCUACAGAAGAACUUGAUGACAAGUCAGAGUUAAACGACACAAAGCAGACGGUGAAGGAGGGUGAUGAAGAAGCCGACAAAGACGAAAUCGUAGAGGAACAAACCACCUCACCUGUGCCCUGCCCAGCCAAUCGACCCAAAAUCCACAGCAGAAAGUUCAGAGACUAUUGCAGCCAGAUGCUGAGCAAAGACGUGGAUGAAUGUGUGACGGCUCUGCUAAAGGAGCUGGUUCGUUUCCAGGACCGCCUGUACCAGAAAGACCCCAUGAAGGCCCGCAUGAAGAGACGCAUUGUGAUGGGGCUCAGGGAGGUUCUGAAGCACCUCAAACUCAGGAAGGUCAAGUGUGUCGUCAUCUCACCCAACUGUGAACGCAUCCAGUCCAAAGGAGGCCUGGAUGAGGCUCUUUACACCAUCAUAGACACUUGUCGUGAACAGGGGGUGCCGUUCGUGUUUGCCCUCUCCAGGAAAGCUUUGGGUCGCUGCGUCAGCAAGGCCGUGCCUGUCAGCCUGGUGGGCAUCUUCAACUAUGAUGGUGCACAGGACUUCUAUCAUAAGAUGAUCGAGUUGUCGUCUGAUGCCAGGAGAGCCUAUGAGGUGAUGGUGUCAAGCCUGGAGCAGACAGGCCAGGUAGAUGCAGAGGAGGCGGUGGACAUUGAGGAAAAGCUGCAGAUCAGCAGCCUGUCUGAGGAGGCUGAGCCCGGUCCUGACACCACACAGCCAGAGGAACCAGAGUACAUAAAAAUUUGGAAGAAAAUGUUGGAGAAGGAUUGCAACCACAAAUUUCUGAACUUUGAGGAGCAGUUGAGCUCCAUGCACUUGGACAGUGUAUGUGCUGAAAACACUGAUGAAGAUGACAAGAGUUGACAGUGGCGAAUCCCUCUGUGCCUAAACAAUGAAUGAACCCACUCUCGCUGAUCACCAGCUUAGAAGACACUAGAAUGGAGUCAACCCCACGUGCACAUAAUGCAAACUGCUCCGCUGCAGUGGUUGUCAACCUGAAGAUUUUUGUCAGGGAAUUAAUUAUGUUGCUAAAGUUUACAAUGAAUUAUUAAUUUUUAUUUUUUAUUGAUUGAACUUAAACAAACAAAAAAUAAGACAUCAAGCUUAAGUAAUGUUUCUGUGUUUUAGUUCAAGAUAAUUGGGCAAAGCUACUUUAAGAGUGUGUGUGGGUUAUAAACUGGAGAGGUUUAAUCAGGACUAAACCACUCACCUGAAGCAAUCCCACAAUAUGAAUCUUCAACCAAGUUGUCAGUGAUCAAGACUAGAGGAUGUGCAGGGGUUUAUGUACUGAAUUUAUGUACAAUGUCAACCAGCUACACAGUACGAAGACAUUCUCAGCAAAGCCAAUCUGGUGCAUUUUUGUUUUUAUCUAAUCAAUUCAGUUAAGUUUAAAGUAUGUAAUGUUUCUGGCAUCUUUUUGUCCCCAGAAACAUUGCAAUUACUCUACCUGGUCAGGGCUGAUAUGGGCUCAAUAAAAGGGCCAAUACGAUUUUAAGUUUGUAAAAUGAUGGUUGUAUGUCACCCUUUGUAAAACUGUGGCGGAAAACAAACCUGUGAGAAGUGUGCAUCCCAAAACAGUGUACUCUAUAGUAUCUUUAUUUGUUGAUGUUAGUACACGAGAACAACAUUCUAAACCAAUUUAUCCUAACAAGAAAUUAUAAAAUACUUGUGCUGUCGGGUGUCAAUCAAAAUGUAACUUUAAAAAAGCCACUAUUUAAGUUUUUAGAUUUCCUCUGAGUUUCACACGCAGGUUUUUUGUUUUGAAUCUGCACUCGGAUGCUCUCUAAACCACUUGUUUCAGUGUUUGUGUAACCUUACUGUGGAAACUAAUUUACUAGUUUUUCACAGAUUUACAAAGGGUGAUAGACUUCACAAGCUCAACAUCUCAGUGAACCGUAUUUGACCCACAGUCUUAAACCCCUUGGCCACCAUGACAUGUAUUGUUGAGUUUAGAGUUGAACAUGUUUUUUACUUUUUAUCCUGAUUGCACUACCUAGUACAGCCUGUGUGUUUUUUUUUUUUGUUUUUUUUUUUUUUAAUUUGUAUUAUUUGUUUGAGACUACCAAAGUACUGAACAUGUCAUGUAGUACUACCUGUGAUUGGUGUAAAUGGUAGUAUUUGAUUUUCUUUUAAUAGGAAAAAGAGCAAAAUAAUGUUAAGAAACAUUAGCUGCUGUUUACUUGACUUAGUUAAAAAGCUGUUCAGUGAUUUUGUUUUUGUUGAUCCACAUAGUGAGGAAUAAGAAACUAUAAAAUAGUACAAUGAUAAAACAAAUUACAGUAAUUUAAAGUGCUAGGUGGCAAUAUGCAUUAAGAAAAGCAAUAGAUUACAAUUUGAAAUGGACAAAAUGAAUUAACAGUCAGAUCUCAGAGGACUGAGAUGAAGUUUGUAGAGGAGGGAAGACAUGAUUGUAAAGAUCACAUGUGGUAGUGAAUCUUAUUAUUGGAAGUUUUUAUAGGUUUGGGUUAAUGCAAGAUGGACCUACUAACAUGCUAAAGUCUCGAUACAAUUCUACAGGAAGCAGGACGAGGAUGGUUGUUAAGAAGUUGACAAGUUAUUUUGACAUGUUACGCCAGGAAAAGCACACAUGUGACUAAUAGCAUUAAUUAUGUCCCGCUAUUCAAAAAGUCUCUCUACACAGUCUUUCAUUUCAUGUGAAUCUUACAGCAAAACUUUGACAUUUUGGGAAAUGUGUUCAUCUGUUUUCUGGUUGAGAGUUGGAUGAGAAGAUGAUACCGCUGUCAUAUCAGCGACGUCCACUACAGCCAGCAGCUGGUUAGCUUAGCAUAAUACUUGAAUGUCAUUUGUUUUAUCAGAGCAAAACAACUAUUUGUUGGUUUGUGGGGCGUUCAUGUGCUAGAGUAUUUCUGGGCUCUUAGCGGUUACAAAUCACUAUUUUCUGUAAAAAAGAAAUUAUUCCAAGAAAAAUACUCCCCAUAAAAUGGUGAAUUGUUUUUUAUUUUUCUCUUCGGAUCGAACAAAUGAGAUAUUACUUGUUAAUUAGCUAGCUUUAGGUGGCCAUCAUACAGAAAUGUGAUAGGGAUCAAUUUCCUCAUCUAAUUUACCACCAAUAAGUGAAUAAGAGUAUUUCCCAAAACUUUCUUUAAAUGCUAUACAAUGGUUCAAUAUGUUCUGUGGUAAUGAGACCAAACUGUGAAGUAAUAGGAAUUUAAAAAUGCAUGAAGAUUUGAAACAAAGGAAGUAAGAUGAAAACUAAUGUAAAGAUAUAAUUCCUGAUUUAGCUGUUUUAUAAAUCCUUGAAUAUAAACUCUGAAUGUAAGAUGGACUGUAGGCUGUAUUUCCUAGGACAACAGAGAUGCAACCAAUUGUUGCAUGUUAACUAGGAAAGUAAAAUCAAAGGACAAUUUGGAGUUGAUUCAUUUUCUUCAAGCAAAAUAUCAAUGUAGUGUCUUCAUAAAGAGGACAAAUGCAGUGUUUACUUUCAGUGAGUUUGGGUCAUUAAUAAACAACGAAAAACGAAGCAGAUAUAGAUUGUUUUGGUAAUUGUAAAUGAUUAACAUUUUGUCAAUGGAUAUUACAGACGAUUGAAUUUUCACCUGAAUAAAGAAUCUUGGAAAAUA